AUGCAGACGCCCCAGAAGCUGCCCCAGAAAAGCUAUUUUGAGUCAAAGGAAAGGCGUGUGGCACCGAAGUCGACGAAAGCGGAAGCGUGUCCAGCAGUCUGCGGCGAAGCCUCCGCGACGGGCGUUUCUCGAGUCGUCCUACCAGCGCAGUCUUCGCGCAGGGGUAUUGGCAAACAGAUGGAUGGCGUCCUCGAAGAAGGAUACGAACAGGUCGCAACAAAGGACGGCCUGCCGGAAGUUCCCUCGCUGGGGUCUCGUCGCUUCGUCGCGAAGUCGCUCGGGUGGAUGGGGAGAAAGGCGGCGGCGGGAGAACAGGAUCGAGGAAUGUUCAAGGGAAUGGGCCCACGAGUGGGAGGCAGUCGAAGCAGCAGCAGCAGAGCUGGCGCGUGGGUGGUCGAAGAGGUGCGAAAGGCAGGACAGCAGUCGUGA